AAUAGCAGAGUACCGCGAAAAGCCGUGCAAACAACACAUACGUCAAGCGUGAGUGGAAUUUAUUUGGUGGAAAUUGUAUAGUCAAAUAUAUUUUGAAAAGUACCUAUACAAAGGAAUUUUGAUUUGAACUGUUUUAUUUUAUACAUUCGUUUAUCUGAAGUAUUGAAAUUUUCACAAAGUUCGUUCAAAUGUUUUAAGAAAACAUAGUUUUCAUUGAGAAAUUCAUCGAGUGUGUGAAAGAAGAUAAGCAAAAUUUUAGAGGAAAAAAUCUAAACCAGAAGGAAUAAGUGCCGAAAACCCAAGUAAAAAAGCUGAAAAAUCAGAUUUGUUUGCUGAAAACUAGCACAAGUAGCAGAAAUUGUACAGUUUAUUUGCAGAUUUAUUGCUAAUUUUUAUUAGAAGAAACUUAAGAAAACCACAAACAAAAUGUCAGAUCGCAAAGCAGUUAUUAAAAACGCCGACAUGAGCGAAGAAAUGCAGCAGGAUGCUGUUGAUUGUGCGACACAAGCCCUCGAAAAGUACAACAUUGAAAAGGACAUCGCCGCCUAUAUCAAGAAAGAAUUCGACAAAAAAUACAAUCCCACAUGGCAUUGUAUUGUGGGCCGAAAUUUCGGAUCGUAUGUGACACAUGAGACACGUCACUUUAUCUACUUUUACUUAGGCCAGGUGGCAAUUUUAUUAUUUAAGAGCGGUUAAAAAAUUAACAACUAUAACCACAAACCCAAUCACAGCAACAGCAACAACAAAAUACCACAACAACACACAUAUACACAUACUUGGAAAAGCAACAGCAAAACAGAAGAAUUUGUAGUGUAAAUCCUAAAUUUCAAGAAAAAAAGGCGUAAAGUAAAAAUAACAAUAACAACAACUGGAAAAAUUUGCAGUCACAACAUUUCAACGUAAUAGUAUGAUGAAUCGGCAACUGAGUAAUGCAGCAGGCGGAAAUGCAUUUGAAGAGAAGCACAGUGCUGGCGAAAUGAUACUGUCAAGAUACGAUCCACAUUGCUUUGCAGUGCAUAACUGUAGUUAUUAGCUGUGAUUUCUUAAAUUGGGUAGCAGAAACUAUACACCUGGCAAAUAUAAAAUGUGCAACCAAAUUUGUUGGUUGAUAACCAGCGUUUUUACAAAGAUGUGCAUAAAGAGUUUGCUGCAAUAUAAACGUUUUAGACUGCACCCAGAAUAAGCUACAUGUAUGAUACUUAAAAUGCACACUCUUGUAAUGUGGAACCUAAUUCAAAUCAGUUCAAUUGGUAAAAUGCGUAAAUAGAUGUGGAACCAAAUUCAAAACAGCGCAAUUUUUAAAAAUACGCAAAUCAUAGAUGUGGAAACUAAUUCAAAACUCUUCGAUUGCGAAAAAUUUGUAAAUUAUUGUUAUGGAAUUUAAGUGAAUGCAUUCUCAGCGCCCAAUUUCUCACAGAACUGUGUAUAUGUACGAUUGGCGCGCACCAUAAACGCCUAAAGUAAUCCCCUCUAUGCUAAUUAACGCAUUUUUGAAUUGCCCUAAUGCCAUAUAUGCACUCACCACUGUCAUUGCCACAUGCACCGCUGGCGCCGAUCUACUACAAAAUUUUACACUGCAGAAAUGUGACGUUUCAUGGACUUGACAAAAGCAGCAACAACAACAACCAAUUCACUUUACUACUAUUAUGGGCACAAUACACCAACAACACAACCCACACCCGAACAGACAAUUGUGGUAAGAGAAAAACUUCGCAGAUUCAGUAAAAUGCAGAAAAUAGUAGAAAAUAGCAGAACUUGAAGCAACUAAAAGUAAAAACAAAUCUCAAAUGGAAUCAUGGAAAAUUUAACAUUUUAUGCGUAUUUGUAUUAGUAAUAUCAGCAAGCAACAACAGCAAAUUAUAUAUAUAUAUACACAUAUAUAUUUGUUAGUCUAAGUAACAAGAAAAAUGAAAAUCGAUGAAUAAAAAAUAAAUAUUUGAAAUUGCGUACACAACAACAACAAGCAUACAUAUACACACACAAAAGCAAAACACUUAACUGAAGGUACAUAUACGGAGCGGAAGUCGAAAGAAAUGCUAAAAACGAUGCGCAACAUUCGAAUUAGAGCAAAAUCUUAAUGAAAAUUGAAACAUUGUAAGCGACGAGCAAAGUUAGCGAAUUAUAAAAGACAUAACUGAAUAUUUCCAUCCACAAUUAGCAAUGGGGAAAAUUGAAGUGAAACUUGAACAAGAAGGAGGAGGAGUGACAGCUUAAGGAGUAGUUGUUGUAGCGGUGUGUAAAGCAACAGUAAAAAAACACACACAAAUAGCAAACGAAAAGCAAACACACUUGCAACACCUUUGUGUGAACGCAUAUAAUAGCAAUAAUAACAAAUAUAUAAAACUAAAAGUUGAAUGCAAACAAAUGCAAAUGAGAAGGAGUGUACUCGUAGUGUUGCGCUGUUGGCAGCAGCCAGGAGCGGUAUGUAUGUAUGCAGCAAAAACAACAGUAGCAGCAGCAACAACAACAGCGCAUAUACCAUACUAGGCUAAUAUAUUCGAAUUAAUGAUAUUUUCUUCUGUGAAACUUCUAUAUUUUCUUUUGUGUUAAAUAAAUUGUAAAUGUUUUUCUUUUUGAUGAAAUGAACAAAACAAAUCGUUUUAUGAGAGAGAGAAAAAAUUAUCUAUUUUAACACACUUCUUACAUUACAUUAGUAAUUUAGUAGACGCCAUUUUACAAUUUAUUGAACAAGUGGAUGUGUGAGGGUAUUUUUUUGAAAUUUUUCCUUAAUUGGAAAUUGAUGAAAGAUAUGUGUUCAAAUAAAAAAUAUAAAUUUUAUUUAAAAAAAAUUAA